AUGUGUUGUGUCAUGUGGGAGGAAGUGGUGGAAUACAACGAGGAGAUUACUUCUCUCCUUAGUAAUUUAGUGUCUUCCCCUGCUCCUUUGAUUGAAGACCCAAUACCAGUUAUAAAGCCAAGAUAUGUCCAACAUUUGAUGAAAAAGGCAGAGCAGAGACAGGAAGAACACGGGGUUGUUUAUGAGAGAGCUCUGUCUGCCCAACAAAGAAGCAUAGUACUGGUUAAGUUGCAGUGCAAGAUUAAGCUGGACUCUAUGCAAUUCAGAACAAAUUGCAGUGAAAGAUCAGAGAGAGAGGGGUGA